UGACUGAAGAAAAAAAAAAAAUAUUCCUGCGCAGCCGACGUCAUCGGGCAGCUGGCUCCGGUGGAGUCAACAUGGCGACUGCUGGUUCCGGAGGUGACGGGGAGGCAGAGACGCCCUCGGUUGUGUCGUCCAGACGUGACCCUGGUGGUGACCGGCACGGCCAAGGAGAUAAGAGCAUGAUCCAGUCAGCUAAAGUGAAAGAGAACCCCUUCAAGUACUUGCUGGAAUCUCUUGAGUGCAGUCCGGAUAAGACUUUCUUCAAUAUUUCUAAAUUGCAGGGCUUAGAGUAUGAUGCCUUGCCUUUUUGCAUCCGAGUUGUGCUGGAAGCUUUGGUGCGUAAUUGUGAUGGUGUGUUGGUGAAGGAGGGUGAUGCUAUGAAAGUUUUAAAGUGGAAAACUAACUGCGAAUGCCAAGAAAUUCCCUUCCUUCCAGCCCGUGUUGUUUUGCAGGAUUUUACUGGCAUUCCUGCAAUGGUGGACUUUGCUGCAAUGAGAGACGCUGUGAAGAAACUUGAUCGAGAUCCAAAACUAGUGAAUCCAGUCUGUCCAACAGACCUCAUUGCUGAUCAUUCUUUACAGCUUGAUUUUACUAAAUGCAGUGCAGCGCAGACUGUUCCUACCACAGCCUCAAUAGAGUCUCACAGACCAGCGUCCAAGUUCUCACCAGCUAAAUCUGCAGGUACUAAGUCCCACUGUGGAGGGCAAAGUAACUGCAGGGGAGCCUGUGAUUCAGGAACAUCAAACCGGAGCUCUCGGGAGCAGAUUGAGAACACCCCGAUGUUAUGUCCUUUCCAUUUGCAACCUAUUCCAGAACCGGAAGCUGCGCUAAAAAGUCUUGAGAUUGAAUUUAACCGGAAUAAGGAAAGGCUUCAAUUUUUUAAGUGGUGUUCAAAAGCUUUCAAGAAUGUGACCGUGAUCCCACCAGAAACUGGCACUGUGCAUCAGGUGAAUUUGGAGUACUUGUCCAGAUUAGUUAUGGAGGAAAAAGGCUGCUUAUAUCCAGACAGUGUUCUUGGUACAGAUUCUCACACUACUAUGGUGAAUGGUCUUGGAAUCUUGGGUUUAGGUGUUGGAGGAAUAGAAUCAGAAGCAGCUAUGCUGGGCAUACCCAUCACAUUAACUCUACCAGAAGUUGUUGGAUGUGAAGUGACUGGUUCUGUAUCUCAACUUUCUACUUCCAUUGAUGUUGUUUUAAGCAUUACUAAGCAUUUAAGGCAAGCUGACUUGUCUGGAAGAUUUGUGGAAUUUUUUGGAGAGGGAGUGUCUCAGCUUUCAAUUGCCGACCGUACCACAAUAGCCAACAUGUGUCCUGAGUAUGGUGCUACAGUGGCCUUCUUUCCAGUGGACCAAAUAACCCUUAGCCACCUGAAACAAACUGGUGUUGAUCCACACAGGCUAAGAAUAUUUGAAGCAUAUUUGAAAGCUGUAAAGUUGCUUAGAGAGGAAAAUGGUACAAGAAUAUCAAGGUAUUCCAAGGUUUUGGAAAUCAAUUUAAACACCAUUGUUCCAUAUGUGAGUGGCCCCAAGAGACCCCAAGACCGAGUAUCUGUAACUGACAUGAAGAAGGAUUUUGAAGUGUGUUUAAGUGAGAAGGUGGGCUUGAGAGGAUUUCAAAUUCCAUCUGAAAGGCAGAAAGUGGAGGUUCCGGUUACAUACAGAAAAUCACAAUACAUGUUGUCACAUGGUUGUGUGCUUAUUGCUGCCGUGAUCAGCUGUACCAACAAUUGUAACCCUUCUGUCAUGCUAACUGCAGGACUGUUGGCUAAAAAGGCUGUAGAAGCAGGACUCAAGGUAAAGCCGUACAUAAAGACGAGCUUAUCACCAGGAAGUGGAACAGUCACACAUUACCUCACUGCCAGUGGAGUUUUGCCUUUUCUGAACCAAUUGGGGUUUGACGUCAUUGGGUAUGGAUGCUCAAGAUGUGUUGGUAACACCAAUCCUUUACCUGAGGAAAUUGUUGCUGCUAUUAAAGAGGGGGAACUAGUGGCAUGUGGUGUUUUCUCUGGAAACAAGCAUUUUGAAGGGAGUAGGUGUAGUUGUAUCCGUGCAAAUUACCUGGCUUCCCCACCUCUGGUUGUUGCCUAUGCCUUAGCAGGCACGGUAAACAUAGACCUGCAAACAGAAGCUCUAGGGAUGAAUUCUCAGGGAGAGAAGGUCUUCCUACAGGACAUUUGGCCCAGUCGUGAAGAGGUUUUACAAGUGGAAGAAAAUCUUGUUAUACCGUCCAUGUUCAAAGAGCUGAAAAUUAAAAUAGAGAAACAAAAUACGAGGUGGAAUCUUUUGGACUCACCAGAAAGCACUUUAUUCCCUUGGGAUCUUAGAUCCACCUACAUUAGAAGUCCUCCAUUUUUUAACAAGCUGGACAAGGUCCCAGCCCCUCUGCCAGCAAUCGAACGAGCCCAUGUAUUGCUUUACUUAGGGGAUUCCGUCACUACUGACCACAUUUCACCUGCGGGAAGCAUCUCUCGUACAAGUCCUGCUGCCAAGUACUUGAUUCAGAAAAACUUAGCACCGAGGGAGUUUAAUUCAUAUGGAGCCCGCAGAGGCAAUGAUGCUGUGAUGACUAGAGGAACUUUUGCUAACCUGAAACUUUUUAACAAGAUCAUUGGAAAAUCAGGGCCAAAAACCAUCCAUUUUCCAUCAGGACAGAUGAUGGAUGUAUUUGAAGCAGCAGAAUUAUAUCAGAAAGCGGAUAUCCCACUUAUUAUUAUAGCUGGGAAGAAAUAUGGAUCAGGUAACUCAAGAGACUGGGCAGCCAAGGGACCAUUCCUGCUGGGUGUCCGAGCUGUCAUAGCUGAAAGUUAUGAGAAGAUUCAUAAGGAUCAGUUAGUGGGCAUUGGCAUCACACCUUUUCAGUUUCUUCCUGGAGAAAAUGCAGAAUCGCUUAGCCUUUCGGGAAAAGAGCAGUAUUCUAUAUCUAUUCCUGCCAAGCUAGUUCCUGGAGAGAGCCUGGAAGUCAAGACAAGCACCGGAAAGAUAUUCCAUGUGACUGCAGCUUUUAAUAAUGAAGCAGAAGUCAUGUUCUACAAGCACGGAGGAAUAUUAAGCUAUGUGGCUCGUAAAUACUUAUAUUGAUGUCAGCAAAGAGAAACCAAGAACUCUCUGAUUGUACAGAUGCUUUUUGUGUGCUUGUACUUUUCUUUCCUCCUCAAAGACUGGUUGGUGGAAAAUAAUGAGUCACUGAAGCUUCUUCCAGCACUUUCAAUAGAAGACUGGUGCUAUGGGCAUGCCUUCCUUGGUCCCAGCACGGGACAACUAACAAUCAUCACAAUUGCUUCUACUUGCACAUUAAUUUGCAGGUGAAGUUUUUGACUUAUCCUGAAGCCUUGUGCACAGUUUUGCUCUUUAAGUCCCACAACUGCUAUUUUUGGACUUCCAGUGGCAGUAUUACUGAAUAAGUGAUACCAUUUUAUUUAAUAAAAAAAGAAAAGAAAAAACAA